AAUAGAGAGGGAGAGAGAUUAGUCCUUAAAUAGGGAGUAAGGAUUUUUCAUCGUUUUUUCUUAUCGGUCGUCAAAGGACGGAUGCGUCAGUCCAUGGUUCGUCUUCUCCAGCCUCAGAUCGUCUACUACUACGACUUGAAUGCUCGAUCGGGUUUUGCCUCGUCAGGGUCAGGGUUUUGGCGCGAGUUUUGUUCGGACAUAUGAAUUUUGGUGACACAGGUCUGGAUUUGCAGCUCGAUCUUUGCACCUCUAUGAGGACUGGAUUUGUUCGUGUUAAAAGACCUUUUAACAGCCAAAUCCUAGGAUUAUCAUGGAUUCACGGAGGGAUGCAUAUGUGAAGAUUUGACUUGCGGUUGCCUCCAAGCUUCUUCAAGGCUUCUCAUGAACUAAAUGGAUAGACAUAUUGGGAAAGAAAAGAUGGACCAAGCAAGAAGUUAUGAACAAGUUCGUUAUACUGCCUCUGAUCCGAGAAACGAGGUGCUAGGUUCCAUAAACCAGAGGUUUUCCCAUGAUCCUUCGACUAAUAUUAGCACUAAUGUACGACCUCCAGACUAUGUCAUUUCAGCUCAUCCUCGACCAGUAUUGAAUUACUCGAUUCAGACUGGUGAAGAAUUUGCCUUUGAGUUUAUGAGAGACAGGGUAGUUCCAAAACAGCAAUCCAUCCCGAAUGUGUAUGGAGAGCCUAGUGGUAUGCCUGUUUAUGUUGACUCAAGGGCUGUAAUGGGAAUGGCUCCUCCCAUGUCAGAGAGUGGGUCUAACACCUCAGUGCUUAAUGCAUCAGAAAAACACCAUACACUUGAGAAUGAGAGGAAGACCACUCCUACCCUUGAAGGCUCGAGCUACCGUGAACCGGUGAAGUCAGUACCAGUGACGUCGGCAAAAAUUGACAGCAAUCAAAGAAUUCAUAGUUUCGGUUCUUCUAGAGUGUCUGAUACCUCUUUGAAUCAGGUGAAGUUCUUAUGUAGCUUUGGCGGUAAAAUCUUACCCCGUCCCAGGGAUCGGAAGCUUAGGUAUGUUGGUGGUGAAACACGGAUUGUUCGUAUUAGCAAGGAUAAUUCAUAUGCAGAAAUCAUGCAGAAGAUGUCGGAAAUUUACUCUGAUACACAUGCAAUAAAAUAUCAGCUGCCUGACGAGGAUCUCGAUGCUCUGGUUUCUGUAUCUUGUGACGAGGAUUUGCAAAACAUGAUGGAAGAAUGUAAUGUACUUAGUAGUGGAGGAUCUCAGAAACCCAGGAUGUUCUUAUUCUCAAGCAGUGAUAUAGAGGAGGCUCAGUUUGGCGUGGGAGCUGGGGAAGGUGAUUCUGAGGUUCAGUAUGUAGUUGCUGUUAAUGGGAUGGAUCUAAGUUUGAGAAAGAGCUCCUUUGGAACAGCAAGUGCUUCUGGGAACAAUUUGGACGAGUUACUCAAUAUGAACAAUGAGAGAGAGGUUGGUCGAGUUGCCUCUGAAUCAGUUGCCGCUUCUGCUCCUUUGGCAGUAAAGGAAACUUUGUCAGCAAUACAAACUUCUCAACAAGGAGCGGGUUUUCCUUCUGAUACGGAACCAUUUUCACAGCCUUAUCCAGGACAGCAAGUGCACCGCGGGGGAGUGGUUAACAACCCGGUUUAUACAUCAGCUCCAAUUGCAAGCUCAGCACAUCAACCAGUAUCUGGUUAUAACCCUUAUGCUUUGAAUUCUGUAACUCCUCUUGAAACACCAGCACCUCCUCAUCUGCAUCAGAUCCAGCUGGGGGUUUUACAUGAGGAACAAAUGUUUCGUGCACAAGAUCCAGAACUUUUGGUUAAAGAGGCCAAACUGAAAAGCGAUGACUCAUUUCAAAAAGUAAAUGAGCCUGCUGAUGUAUAUUCCGUGGACAACAAUAUUUCAGCGAAGGAACUGAACACGAAGGGAGAAUUUUCGAGCCCAAGGGUUAGUGAGUAUGGUGUUCCUUCAGUGUCUAGUGAUUGUACUGUCCAGGGAAAAGUCUCUAAGGAAAUAACUCCAAUUGUCAUGCAAGUAGCCAAUUCAACACCAGAUAUGAGUUCCUACAUCUCGCCAGAAAACAGUUACAGAAAAUCCCAGGACCAUGUUCAGAACCAAGGUGCUUCUGAGGCAGCAACUGAUUGCAGGAAACCCGAUCAGGAAGAUCUGUCUUCCUUGCCUGGAGGAGUCUCAACAUCUGGAUAUUUAUGUCUGGGUGGUGACUCAUCCAGUGUAAGCAACAUUGACCAGCCUGUGAGUCAUCAAAGGGUUUUUCAUUCUGAGCGCAUUCCACGGGAGCAAGCAGAAACCAAUCGCCUGUCUAAAUCUAAUGAUUCCCUUGGCUCUCAGUUUCUGAUGGCUCAGACUAGUUCUGAUCCUUUCCAGCCAAUCAGUGAAUCAGCUGAAAAGUUUCAUGAAUCAAGUAUGGGUUCCCAGAAUGUGCAUUCUAUUCUUCCUGUCAAACCAUCUUCCGAAAGCCCCUGGACUGGUGAAGGUAGGACGUCGCAGUUUGAAAAGAGUAAAGAAUCGGGUAGCAAGAUCAGCGAGGUGAAGUCAUCCAUUUCUAAGGAUAGUCCAAAAUCAAUUGGACGGCUACCUGAACAGCAGCAUUUAGGUCAUCACAUGGAUGAGCUCGGAGCCAUGCGGAGCAAGGAAAACUUUGAAGGACGAUCCAUGAAUCAAAAUGAGGCACCUUUCUUGAAUCAGCUGACAAAAGGUGAAAGCAGUUAUGUUGAGCAGUCCCAAGUUACUGCUCCGAAGCCACCAGAAUUCGGGUGGAAUAAUGUGGCUGAAAACAAAAACUGGGAGCCUGUCACUCGGGAACAAGUAAGCUCCUCAGAGCCUUCAGCAAAUGCCGCUCCACAAGGACCACUUGCCACUGGCCCUGGCUGUCCAGAGCAAGGGGACAUAGUUGUUGAUAUAAGUGAUCGGUUUCCCCGUGAUUUUCUUGCUGAUAUAUUCUUGAAAGCAAAAGAAGAUUCUCUGAACUUCUCUGGGUUAGGUCCAUUGCAUGUUGAUGGAGCUGGUGUGAGUUUAAAUGUUCAUAAUCACGAGCCUAAGAAUUGGUCAUAUUUUCGAAAUUUGGCACAGGAUGAGUUUGUUAGGAAAGAUGUAUCCCUUAUGGAUCAGGACCAUCCGGGAUUUCCGACUUCCUUUACAAACACUGGAGGGGCUCCUAUUGAUUACAGCUACCCACCUUUGCAGUCAGAGAAAGUUGCUUCUUCAAGUCAUAUUGAUCAUCAAAUCCACUUUGAUGGAAAUAUCCAACCGGAGGUGUCUGCUGCACCUUCUUCCAACAUGAUAGAAACACAACAAGAUUAUGGUCAGUCACAGCACAAGGGUGAUGAAAGCGAAGCUGCAACUGAUGAGGACAUCCUUAGAGCAUCGACACGAGCACGAGCCGAGUCCAGGAUCAUAUCAGCAACUGUCAAUACUGGUCUACCUCUCAUUGACCUGGUGGCAGGAGAAUUAGACAUCAAGUCUUUGCAGAUAAUAAAAAAUGAGGAUUUGGAGGAACUGAAGGAGUUAGGCUCUGGUACCUUUGGAACUGUUUAUCACGGAAAAUGGAGGGGUACAGAUGUUGCAAUUAAGCGGAUAAAGAAGAGCUGUUUUACUGGACGGUCCUCUGAGCAAGAGAGAUUGACCUCGGAGUUCUGGCAUGAAGCUGACAUUCUCUCCAAGCUUCACCACCCAAAUGUUGUCGCGUUUUAUGGAGUUGUGCAAGAUGGACCUGGAGGAACUUUAGCUACAGUGACAGAGUUCAUGGUGAAUGGCUCACUUAGACAUGUUCUCCUCAGCAACAGACAACUUGAUCGACGUAAGCGCCUUAUCAUUGCAAUGGAUGCGGCUUUUGGGAUGGAAUAUCUGCACUCGAAGAACAUUGUACAUUUUGAUUUGAAGUGUGACAACUUGCUUGUCAACUUGAAAGAUCCCGCACGUCCAAUAUGCAAGGUAGGUGACUUUGGCCUGUCAAAGAUAAAAAGAAAUACUUUGGUCACGGGCGGUGUAAGGGGAACCCUUCCUUGGAUGGCACCUGAGCUACUAAGCGGUAGCAGCAGUAAAGUUUCUGAAAAGGUUGAUGUGUUUUCUUUCGGUAUCGUCCUGUGGGAGAUUCUUACCGGUGAGGAGCCCUACGCCAAUAUGCAUUACGGGGCCAUAAUAGGGGGGAUAGUGAACAACACGUUGAGACCGACGGUGCCAACCUACUGCGACUCGGAAUGGAGGUUAAUAAUGGAGCAAUGCUGGGCUCCCGACCCCAUGGCUCGACCUUCCUUCACCGAGAUAGCCAGGCGGCUCCGUGUCAUGUCCACUUCUGCAGCCGUGACCAAGCCACAUCCGAACCACCACCAUACCCACAAAUAACCGAUCCACUCGUGGAUUUUCCGUGAUUAUCACAUAUAUAUAUAUACACAUACAUUAUUAAUCUGCAUUGUUCGUGUAAAGAUAUGCUUUGUGUAUAAUAUUACUGAGUGUGAAGGAAUCCCGGCUUGUUUCACGUUGAACGGUAAGAAAGAGCGUUUUAUGUUGUGAUUUUGUACAAAGAACAAGAACAGACCAUUGUUCUGUUUUGUGUAUAGCCUUAUUUAUCAUUGAAUGUAAUAUUGUUUGGGGGUGAAUAUAUAUACAAGUCCUUUGCUCAA